AUGUCGACGCCGCCGUCGCCAUCGCCGCCGUCGCCGCCGCCGAUGCCGCCGCCCGGCGCCUGGAGUCGCGGACACGCCGUUUCUAUGGGCCUGUUCGGCCAACUUGAAGUUGGCCAGUCGGGCGGUUUGAGUCGCGGUGCAUGUCUGCGUCCGACGCCCGUCAAGGCGCAACCCUUGACUUGGCUGGCCGACACGACCGGCCCCCUCGGCCGAGGCCUCGGCAACAGCUCCGGCCUGGGCCGUCUGUCGCCGAGGGAACCGGACGCGGCUGCCGACUCGGACGCCGAUGGCAACGUCGAGGCGACCGGCUCGAAAGCGGAUCUGAGGACGGCCUUUCGGCGCGUCGGCCAGCCGCAGAGCCGGGCCGGCGAGGCGACGAGUGACGCGAAGAGACGAGCAACCGAAACAACGAACGGCGACGGCGACGGCGACGGCGACGGCAGAGACCGUGACGAGUCUGAAUCGGUGGAUGUGAGAGCGUCGGCAGAUGCAGCGACCGAACGAGACCAAGUCAAAGUGGCCGAAGAUGGCGAAGCGAGCAGACCGAAAGUAGGACGGAUUUCGACGACAGCCUCAAACGCAAACGCAAACGCAAACGCAAACGCAAACGCAAACACAACCGCGACGGCCGUCCGUCGGACUGGAGGCGGCCAAACGGGUGAAGGUGGUUGCGCCGAGACGGCGCCCCUGGCGCCCGCGACGACAGAGGCCGCCUCGUCGGGGCGACAGGACUCGAAUUCACGGAAAUGCAUGACUGCAGCCCGAAACGCAGCAACCAUGCAGGCCGGUCAAGUCUGCAGCGACGGGCUGUACAUUCUGCAUCAGUCCAUCCUGGAACAGAUCAAGCGAGGCAUCGCUCUGCCGCUGCGCUCCGUUGGUACUCGAGUUGCCGGGCAUCGUGUGCAAUCGGGUUAG